AUGGCUGCAGGUGAGUCAAAAAGCCACAGAAUUAAAAAUAAUCUGUCAGUCUCAAGUGGUGGGAAAGUGUUUGCACCCAAUAUCCAAAGUGAUAAUUCCUCUGGACCUAUGAACAUCUCCAUGGGCAACAAGACAAUUGUUAAUCACUACGGAGAAGCCUACAAAAAAAAUCUUUCAGGGACUGACUUGAAAAAGCUCAAAGUCACCCACAAAAAGAAAUCAAAAGAGGCGGUUGAAUACAUGAUAGAAUCCGAGAAGAAAGGGAAAAAACGUGUUUUGCUGCGUGAACGAUUUAUUAACGUGCGCAUCACUGAGACCGACAGGAGCGAGAAUGCGAAUGAGAAAUCUGAAGAGAGGGUGAUUGAAUAUGGGAACAUUUUCAGUCCUGUGUCAGGACAGAGCAGGGAGCCUCUGACUGUUGUUACCAAGGGGCUAGCGGGGAUUGGAAAAUCAGUCCUCGUCCAAAAACUCAUCUAUGAUUGGGCUACCGGCGCUGCCCUGUCUGAAUAUGAUUUCAUUUUCAGCUUCCCUUUCCGGGAGCUGAGUCUGCUGUCAACAGUGAAGAAAGAAAUCAGUCUGCCUGACCUAGUCAAACAGUAUUACCCCUACAUACAAAAAUGUGCCAGCGUAUUGGCCAAUGAAUCGAUCCGAAUGCUGUUUAUCUUUGACGGGCUGUCGGAUGGCGACCUGGAAGUGGACUUUAACAAACACAUUGUCUACCGAGAUGUGACCGGGGCGAUCGCACUGGGAGCCCUCCUCGUCAAUCUCAUCAAAAAGGAAUUAAUCCCAACGGCUUCCAUUUGGAUAACUACCCGACCCAGGACCAAAAACAACAUCCCUCCCCACUACAUCAGCAGGGUGACUGAAAUCAAAGGAUUCCCGGACCAGGAGAAGGAAGAUUACUUCCGCAGGCGAUGCGAAGACCAGACAUUGGCCCAAAAGAUGUUCCAGGUCGUGAAGAAACAGAGGAACGUGUUUUUCAUGUGCUCGGUCCCCGCUUUUUGUUCGAUUCUGUUCUCUGUUUUGGAAACCGUGUUGAAAUCGGUGGAUACCCACGAUGAGAUACCCCAGACACUGACAGAAGUGUACUCUCACUUCCUGGUGUAUUUGAUUUUAUUCCAAGAGGAAAAGCUCGAGUUUAUGAAUAAAGACACGCAGGUUAGGUUGCUGAAGUCAAAGCAUGACUCAAUCCUCGCGCUGGGGAAGCUGUCCUUUGAAAAAGGCAGCAUCAAAGGCUGCGAGACCGUCUUAUUCAGUGAGGAAGAGUUAAAACAGAACAACAUCCAGCUCUCCUUGGUUUGCGGUGGACUUUGCAAAGAGAUUGAGGGCGACAAAUCUAACUAUUCCUUUGUCCAUUUGGCAGUGCAGGAAUAUUUUGCAGCCCUGUAUGUUUUUCUUGCCUUUUACAACCAGAAGAAAAACGUUCUCGGGAAGAGUUUUAAACUGUUUGAAAAACACAGCUAUUCCCAGAUUUGCAAAGAGGCUUGCCAGUCUGCCAUCAAGGAUGGGAAAGGUCGCCAGGAAUUCUUCCUCAGAUUCCUUUGCGGAUUGGGAACUGCAAAAAGUCAACAAUUUUUGGAAGGGCUCUUGGCCAGUGAUGGGAAAAACAAGGAGAGAGACGACUCAAAGAAAAUCGCUAAAUUCUUGAAGAAAACCUUGCAGGCAAACAUUCCUCCGGAACAAACCAUUGAUAUUUUGCACUGUCUGAAUGAGCUGAAUGAUAUCUCUGCCCUCGAGGAAAUCAAAGCUGCUUUCAAGUCUGGGAACUUUUCUUCCGGGACCCUGUCGCCUGCUCAGUGCUCGGCGCUAGCUUUUGUUCUGCAGAUGUCAGAAGAGAGCUACCAAGAGCUGGAUCUGUCAUUUUACAAACUGCCAUCAAUUGGCAUACGCAGGCUGCUGUUAACCGCAAACUAUUUCACCGGGAUAAAGUGA